UCGUGGAGGCUGAGGUGAGUCCUGGAGGUUCAAGUUUGGAGCUGAGAGCCUUCUGUGCGGCUCCAAUUUUGCAGAUUCUGUCUGAGGCGUUCGUGAUGUCAGCAGCAGCCGAGGCGGGCGUAUUUAGGGCCUGUUGUUAGGGCUGGGGGAACUCAGAUUGCCUCACCUGUGGUAUCAGACAUCAUAACAUGGGGCUCACCAAGCAGUACCUACGCUAUGUUGCUAGUGCCGUCUUUGGCGUCAUUGGCAGCCAAAAAGGUAAUAUUGUCUUUGUGACACUUCGUGGUGAGAAAGGACGCUAUGUGGCAGUACCAGCUUGUGAACACGUUUUCAUCUGGGACUUAAGGAAAGGAGAGAAGAUUCUUAUCCUUCAGGGGCUUAAACAAGAAGUUACUUGCUUGUGCCCCUCCCCAGAUGGGCUACACUUAGCUGUUGGGUAUGAGGAUGGGUCGAUCCGAAUCUUCAGUCUCCUGAGUGGGGAAGGAAAUGUGACCUUCAAUGGUCACAAAGCAGCUAUCACUACCUUGAAGUAUGAUCAGCUAGGAGGCAGACUGGCAUCUGGGUCCAAGGACACAGAUGUUAUUGUAUGGGAUGUGAUCAAUGAAAGUGGUCUCUACCGUCUAAAGGGGCACAAGGACGCCAUCACACAAGCCUUGUUUCUACGAGAAAAGAACCUGCUAGUUACUAGUGGGAAAGAUACCAUGGUGAAAUGGUGGGACCUUGAUACUCAGCACUGCUUUAAAACAAUGGUUGGCCACCGGACUGAGGUAUGGGGGUUGGUUCUGGUGUCAGAAGAAAAGCGACUCAUCACUGGAGCCUCAGACAGUGAACUGAGGGUAUGGGACAUAGCUUAUCUGCAAGAGAUUGAAGACCUGGAAGAACCAGACCCCAAGAAAAUCAAAGGAUCUUCUCCUGGAGUACAAGAUACUCUUGAGGCAGAGGAUGGUACCUUUGAGAUGGAUGAAGCCCCUGAGGAUCGAAUCCUUUCAUGUAGAAAAGCUGGUUCCAUAAUGCGGGAAGGAAGAGACAGAGUUGUAAACCUUGCAGUCGAGAAGACAGGCAGGAUUCUUGCUUGCCAUGGAACUGAUUCUGUGUUAGAAUUGUUUUGUAUCCUUUCCAAAGAGGAAAUUAAGAAGAAAAUGGACAAGAAGAUGAAGAAAGCUAGAAAGAAAGCAAAAUUACAUUCUUGCAAAGGAGAGGAGGAAGAUCCUGAAGUUAAUGUUGAAAUGAGUCUGCAAGAUGAAAUCCAGCGGGUGACUAAUAUCAAAACUUCUGCCAAAAUCAAAUCCUUUGACUUGAUUCAUUCACCUCAAGGAGAGUUAAAGGCUGUCUUCUUGCUGCAGAACAACCUGGUGGAACUGUAUUCACUGAAUCCAUCCUUGCCUACUCCUCAGCCUGUCAGGACAAGCAGAAUCACCAUUGGGGGUCAUCGUAGUGAUGUGCGGACUUUGUCAUUCAGCUCAGACAAUAUUGCUGUUCUUUCAGCUGCAGCUGAUUCCAUUAAAAUAUGGAACAGGUCUACACUGCAGUGUAUUCGCACAAUGACCUGUGAAUAUGCACUUUGCUCAUUCUUUGUACCUGGUGAUAGACAGGUGGUCAUAGGAACAAAGACAGGGAAGCUGCAGCUUUAUGACUUGGCCUCGGGGAAUCUGCUGGAGACAAUAGAUGCACAUGAUGGAGCUUUAUGGUCCAUGUCCCUCUCUCCAGAUCAGCGUGGCUUUGUGACAGGUGGUGCAGAUAAAUCUGUCAAAUUCUGGGAUUUUGAGUUAGUGAAAGAUGAAAAUAGUACCCAAAAGAGACUUUCUGUGAAGCAAACCCGAACCUUGCAACUAGAUGAAGAUGUUCUGUGUGUCAGUUACUCUCCCAAUCAAAAGCUAUUGGCUGUGUCUUUGCUGGACUGUACUGUGAAAAUUUUCUAUGUUGAUACUUUAAAGUUUUUUCUCUCACUGUAUGGACACAAACUACCUGUUAUAUGCAUGGACAUCUCUUAUGAUGGAGCACUUAUAGCAACUGGCUCCGCUGAUAGGAAUGUGAAAAUCUGGGGUUUGGACUUCGGGGACUGCCACAAGUCUCUCUUUGCGCAUGAUGACAGUGUGAUGUACCUACAGUUUGUACCCAAGUCUCACCUCUUCUUCACUGCUGGAAAAGACCAUAAGAUUAAACAGUGGGAUGCAGACAAAUUUGAACACAUACAGACUCUGGAGGGGCAUCACCAGGAAAUAUGGUGUUUGGCUGUAAGCCCCAGUGGAGACUAUGUUGUAUCAUCGUCCCAUGACAAAUCUCUGAGACUUUGGGAGAGAACAAGGGAGCCUCUUAUUCUUGAGGAAGAAAGGGAAAUGGAAAGAGAAGCAGAAUAUGAGGAGAGUGUGGCCAAAGAAGACCAACCAGCAGUUCCAGGAGAGACUCAAGGCGACAGUUACUUUACUGGAAAAAAAACUAUCGAAACAGUGAAAGCAGCUGAGAGGAUUAUGGAGGCUAUUGAGUUGUACCGAGAAGAAACUGCAAAAAUGAAGGAACACACAGCCAUUUGUAAAGCUGCAGGGAAAGAGGUUCCACUUCCCACCAACCCCAUCCUAAUGGCUUAUGGCAGUAUCUCACCUUCAGCUUAUGUAUUAGAGAUUUUUAAAGGCAUCAGGUCAAGUGAACUGGAAGAAUCUCUACUUGUGCUGCCUUUUUCUUAUGUCCCAGACAUUCUUAAACUCUUUAACGAAUUCAUUCAGCUGGGCUCUGAUGUUGAACUUAUAUGCAGGUGCCUCUUCUUCCUCCUCAGGAUUCACUUUGGACAGAUCACUAGCAAUCAAAUGCUUGUGCCAGUGAUAGAAAAAUUAAGGGAAACAACUAUUUCAAAAGUCAGCCAAGUCCGGGAUGUUAUCGGCUUCAAUAUGGCUGGUCUUGAUUAUCUCAAGAGGGAAUGCGAGGCAAAAAGUGAAGUUAUGUUUUUUGCUGAUGCUACUAGCCACUUGGAAGAGAAGAAGAGGAAGAGGAAAAAGAGGGAGAAGCUGAUUCUAACAUUGACUUAGAAGUGAAAUGUGGUGGGUUUUUUUUUUAACUUUUUCCUUAAAAGGACUCCUAAACUAAGCACAGAAGAGUUGGCGUCAUCUUAAAAAUACCAAAUAACAGAAGAUCACAUUGCAGACGAUGUCAGGAUGUGGUUCCCAACUUUGCCUGGGGGAAUUCCAACAUGAGAUUAUGGGCUGGCUCCAUUUCUUGGACUUAAAAUGCAUGAUUAGUUUAAAAAUCUUUCUGUGCUCUCAAAGCUUGAGCCUUGCAGCUCAAGCUUGUUGUUCCCUUUAUAUUCUAGCAGGGAAUAAAUAAUUGUUUUAAUUAGGUAUAUGUUUCAUUGGAGUUGAAAUUAACAUUUCAAAAAUUUUUCUUAUUUUUUUAUGGCAGAUAAUUUGCCAUUUAUUUAUAUUAGGUUUUACUGCCUAUUGAGACAACCAGGUGCAUAAUUGAUUGCUCUCUGGCCAUAAAAAUGCAGUAUCAUGGACUCUUAGAACUAAAAAGGACUGUAAAAAGUACCCAGAAUAGCCUCCUCAGACUUAACUUUCUGCAAGUUAUAUUUGUAUAUAAGAAGAUUCUAAUUGAUAACUGUUUAUACUUUUCUGAAUAAAAUAAUUGUUUCUAAUUAAAAAGUAGCCAAGCUAAGAUGCUUGGCUGGGCUUCUGAGGAAUUAAUACACGUGUGUGUGUGUGUGUGUGUGUGUGUGUGUGUAGGUACAUAUAUAGUUGACGCUUGAACAAUGCAGGUGAUGGGGUGCUGACCCGCCCCUCGCACAGUCAAAAAUCUGCAUAUAACUUGUGAUUCCCCGAAGUCUUAAUUAGUAGUAGCCUGUUACUGACUGGGAGCCUUACUGAUGUAUUAUAUAUAUAUUGUAUACUGUAUUCUUAAAAGAAAAUGUUACUUAGAAAAUCAUAAGAGAAAAUACAUUUACUGUAUUUAUCCAUACUAUAAGUGUAUAUCAUCUGUUUAUAAAAUGAAUUGUCUGUCUGGAGUGGCAGGCAACCAUAGCUGCAGACCUCAACAUGAUACCUAUCAAGCAAUCA